AGAAAUGUCUGUAUAAUAAUACACUUGCUGAUCUCCCAUUAUUCUCAAUACUUCUGACGGACAUUAUCUCUCCAAGAAACACUUCCCUAUUGUCGACUACCUUUCGCGCUUCACAUCUCAACAUGCGCCAGCCCUUGUCCGUCGCCUUGGGCCUUCUGGUCCUGCUUUUCAGCACUUUUGUUCUCGCCUCCCCAGUGUCCCCGAACCCAGCUUUCGACCUCAUCAAACGCUCAGCCUGCAGCAACGGUAUCAAAGUCAACUGCGGAUCCUCAAGUGUCGGAUGCUCCGGAAAUCAGUGCACUGUCUGCUGUGACACUUGCUGCCAAUGCGUUACAUGUUCGUCCACUAUUCCAGACAUCAGGACUGAUAUACUGACCUAUAUCUAGCUCCUCGCGACAACUCGUGCAGUAGUUCUACACCACUUGUGAACCCUGAC